CCUAGUCGCUUCAUCCUACGGAAACCGGGAUAAGCUCCGGCCUGAUGGGCCACUUGGCUCGUAUACAGACUUAAUCCACUACUGAAUGAAUCACGUGGUAAUUUCUUUGUUUGUUUGUUUUUACUCUCGGCACUUCGUGCCUCCACCGGAGACAACAAUUUUCGGCAAAUUCUCCAAGCUCAAAUUUUUUGGUUAGAAUUUCAACACAAGAUCAACGAAACACGAUCGCGUGAGGCUUAACUUAUUAACCUUAUCAACAACAUCGACGUCGCGCAGUAAUUCUAGGGCGAAUUUAGCUGAACAUAUGGUAGAAUAGGACUCCUCUGUUUCCUGUGAAUUUAAUGGUGAAUAUUUAAGACAAUAGAGGAUCGCGAUUGAUUGUCCCUAGCCUUCAUGGGCUGAAACUUGCCCUUGGAAAUUUCAUGCCCUAACUUCGCUCUCGGAAUAAUAUUCUGAAACAUAAAAUUUCCCUGAAAAACUAUCAGCCCAUGGGUCCUCGACAGAAACACUCUAUUGUUACAAAAGCAGCCUCGAAGUUGCAAUCUCAGUAACAGUAUCGAUAAACAUAAACAGUACUUCAUGUUCUGUAUGUUAGGGUGGAGGGAAAUACAUCCCAGAAAAACAUGGCUGUACGAACAGAUGCUGCCGCGACAAUCCUUGUGCCAACGGAGGGGUAUGUCAGGAGAGUUGUGACCCUCGCAGCUCAAGGUUUAACUGUACCUGCUCCGACACGCACACAGGCCGGCGAUGUGACAAGACUAACCGUGAACAUCUAAGAACCUGUAAAGAUAUUGCUAAGAACGGAGCUUCGAAAUCAGGAAAGUACCUCAUCUUUGAUUCUGCGAACCAAGCGUUUUCUGUUUUCUGCGACAUGGAGUCAGAAUCGGGAUUUCAUUGGGCAUUGAUACAAUCAUUUUCCCUGGCUAAUAAAGCUCUGUUCAAAGACAAAACGUUUGGCGCUGAUUUCCCUGUAAAUCACGAAGACAAUGAUGUGAGCUGGAGCUCGUAUCGCCUGUCCUUACCACAGAUGCGGUCCAUUGCUAAUCACUCAACACACUUCCGAGCAACCUGUAACUUUCCAACAGAGGGUCUGCAAUAUACCGACUAUGCACGCGCCAAGCUGGAAGGUCACGACAUAUUUGGCAGCUGGAAUUUUACUUGUCGGAUGUAUGAAUACAUAAACAUCCGGGGAAAUGACUGCUUUAACUGCACCGCUCUGACUAAACAGUUAGAUCGGCAAGCUUGGACUAUAAACGGUUACAAAAGCAGAUCGUUUAACUGCCAAUUUGAUGGAGCUCCAGGUGGAAAAAGUAGUGCACACAAUUUCGGGAGGUAUGUCAAUAGAAAUAAAGAUCAUCGCUGUUCUUCUUCGCCUAACUCGACAACGCAGUACUGGUUUGGAGUUAAGCGUCACUUGUAAAGGACUUUCACCUGUGAGCGAUUAUAAUGACUCAUCGGUAUUACUCGUUACUACAAUUUUGACAGUAACAACACAUAUAAAGAAGUGAUAUAUAUAUUCAAAUAUAUGAUCUUUCAAUUCAUAUAUUCACUUGUAAUAACACGUAUCAUAAGCUACCACAGGAGCCAUGGCUCCUGGCUACCACCAUCUCUUGUGAGCGACUGCACUGAGUUUAAGAGCUAAACGUUAGAAAUUUUCUAUUCAGUUGAACGCAGAUUCGCCGGUAAGUAUAUUUUCACUUGUCUGGGGCACUCGCUUUUAGAACGAGUAAAGUGUAUGCCUGUGCUGUUUGAUUUGCUUCCCCGAGCGUUUCGCUUAAAACGAAUCACUUGUCUGCAGACGACUGUAGAACGAAACAAGAGGCUCCAAGUAGCCUAUACUCGUGCGCAGGAGGUCACAAGUCAUAUAAAAUAGAUACGCAAUGCGUACAUAGUCAGACAAGCAAUUUGAAAACGUUUGUCAUCUGACAACUAGAAAUAAUAGGAGAGAAAUGCUAAUUUGAAAAAAGUGCAUCGAUAGAUCUAAGAUAUAGAUAAUUAAGAUGCAGGAGAGAAGAUGAGUGCUGUAACGCAAUAUGCCAUCUCUAUUACAAUGAUAUCGUGAGGCGAAUAACAAAGGAAGCCGAGUCCAAAAAUUAAAGAUAGAGAAAUAACAAACGAUCAGAAUUGCGAAUUGGAUGAAAUAUCUUUUUUCAUAGCAAUUCUGAACUAAAUCUCUUUAGGCAUUUUUUGUU